GAAUUCGGGUUUUGGGGCAUGACAACCAAUAUCCCAACAACCUUAUAGAAUGGCCCCAGCAGAAUUAAUUGAAUUGAAAAAGCAGUUGCUAGAGCUUCUUGAUAAGGGGUUCAUUAGAAUCAGUACUUCUCCCUGGGGUGCUCCAGUUCUUUUUGUGAAAAACAAAGAUGGCUCACUUAGAUUGUGCAUUGACUAUAGACGGUUGAAUCGAGUCACCGUCAAGAAUAAAUAUCCUUUGCCAAGGAUUGAUGAUUUGUUUGAUCAGUUACAAGGGGCUCAUGUCUUUUCCAAAAUUGAUCUUAGAUUGGGUUAUUAUCAGCUAAAGGUUAAACCCAAGGAUGUGAUGAAGAUUGCUUUUAGGAGCAGAUAUGGGCACUACGAGUUCCUGGUAAUGCCGUUUGGUCUAACCAAUGCCCUUGCAGCUUUUAUGGAUCUUAUGAAUAGGAUCUUUCAGCUGUACUUAGAUAAGUUUGUCAUUGUCUUCAUUGAUGACAUUCUUAUCUUUUCUCCUGAUGAAGAGAGCCACAAGGAGCAUCUUGCCAUUGUAUUGCAGAUUCUGCGAGAAAAGAAGUUAUAUGCCAAGUUUGAUAAGUGUGAGUUUUGGCUGAAUCAGAUUAGUUUUCUAGGUCAUAUUGUCUCGAAGGAUGGCAUAUCAAUUAAUCCUAGUAAAGUGGAAGCAGUUGUGAAGUGGGAAAGGCCGACUAGUGUCACCGAAGUGCGGAGUUUUCUUGAACUAGCAGGAUAUUAUAGAAGCUUUCAAGAGUUGAAGAACAGGUUGGUCACAGCACCCAUUCUUGCUAUUCCCGACAAUGGAGGAAACUUUGUGGUAUAUACCGAUGCUUCUCACAAAGGCUUGGGUUGUGUACUUAUGCAACAUGGACGGGUGAUAGCUUAUGGGUCUAGACAGCUCAAGACACAUGGGUGGAAUUACCCUACACAUGAUUUAGAACUUGUUGCCAUAAUUUUUGCACUUAAGUUGUGGAGGCACUUUUUGUAUGGAGAAGAGUUUGAGGUGCACACUGAUCACCAAAGCUUGAAAUAUUUAUUUUCACAAAAAGAGCUUAACUUGAGACAAAGAAGAUGGAUGGAGUAUCUGAAUGACUAUAGAUGCAAAAUUGUCUAUCAACCUGGAAAGGGAAAUGUUGUUGCAGAUGCACUUAGCAGAAAAUCAACUGGCACUUUAGCAAGCUUAAUGGUGAUGGAGGUUGAGGACGGACUUGCUCCAAGAAGCACACAAGUCCAAUUGUACCAUUCAUCCUGGAGUACCAAAAUGUAUCAUGACUUGAAAGAGACAUUCUGGUGGAAAAGCAUGAAGAAGGAUGUGGCUGAAUAUGUGUCCAAAUGCUUGACUUGUCAAGUGGUAAAAGUAGAGCACCAGAAGCCAGAAGGGCAACUUCAACCUUUGCCUAUACUGGAGUGGAAGUGGGAAGCCAUCUCAAUGGACUUCAUUGUGGGAUUGUCGAAGAUGAGAAGGCAAUUUGAUGCAAUUUGGGUGAUUGCGGACAGAUUAACAAAGUCAGCUCACUUUUUGGCCAUAAAACAAAAAGACCCAUUAAACAAGUUGGCCAAGCUUUAUGUUCAGGAGAUUGUUAGACUCCAUGGGGUCCUAGUGAGCAUUGUAUCAGACAGAGAUCCAAGGUUUACUGCAAGAUUUUGGAGAUCUUUCCAGAAAGCCAUGGGAACUCAAUUGAAAUUAAGCACAGCAUACCACCCACAAACCGAUGGGCAAUCUAAGAGGACUAUUCAAGUGCUCGAAGACAUGCUAAGAGCUUGUGCAUUAGAUUUGCCUGAGAGUUGGGAUGAUCAUCUUCCAUUGGCAGAGUUUGCUUAUAAUAAUAGCUAUCAUUCCAGUAUCAAAAUGGCACCUUAUGAGGCUCUUUAUGGCAGGAGAUGUAGAACUCCAAUUUGUUGGGCAGAAGUUGGUUAUGGAAGAGUAAUAGGACCUGAUUUUGUGCAGCAAACAACAGAAAAGGUGUCACCAACUAAGGGAGUAUAUCGGUUUGGUUUGAAAGGAAAACUCAGUCCGAGGUACAUUGGCCCGUUUGAGAUUCUUGAAAGGGUAGGUGAAGUGGCUUAUAGAAUUGCAUUGCCUCCAGAAUUGUCAAAUGUGCAUAAUGUAUUUCAUGUGUCGGUUUUGAGGAAGUAUGAGCCGGAUCCUUCACAUGUCAUAAACUAUGAACCAUUAGAGUUGAAGGAAGAUUUGAGCUACACUGAACAGCCAAUACAGAUUUUGGAUAGGAAAGAAAAAGUUUUGAGGAACAAGAUUGUGUCCUUAGUGAAAGUGUUGUGGCGGCAUCAUUCUGAGAAUGAAGCUACCUGGGAACUUGAAAGUCAUAUGAGGGGGCAGUAUCCAAAUCUAUUUUGGUAAGCUAAAGGAUUUGGUGGGCCAAAUCCUUUUAAGGUGGGGAGGAUGUAACACCCCACAUACCUUAGUGAAUAAUUUAAAAAUUAGUGU